GUGAAUGCGAGAACAGCAGGAGCAAUGAAAAACGCAGGGGAUAUUGAUAGAUAAAUAGGUGGUGGUGGUGGUGGUGGUGGUGGUGGUGGUAAAACUGGACAGCCUGGUCAGUCGUGAUUCGGGCGUGGGUUGCAAAUGCGCAUUAUAAGAUGGUGGCGACAAAUCGUAUUGAAAUCAUAACGCGGCCGUAAGAAACGCAGUGGAGGAAAACGCAGUAAGAACUGGGCGCCAGUUCAAUCACAGCUCUUCACUGCAGACUCGGCAGGCUGGGUGUGCUUGUAAAUGUGUGUACGUGUGUGUGUGUGUGUGUGAACUGUGUUUAUGAGUGAAUGCGUGUGCGCGAUCGACGCACCAGCAUGUCGAACCGAAAGCACCGGGAUAAUCAGGAGAUUUGCGCUCGUAAGGUCCGAGAGCUAGCCCAAACCGGGCCCAACAAACACUGCUUCGAGUGCGGUCAGCCUGGAGUCACUUACACCGAUAUCACAGUGGGCUGCUUCGUUUGCACAUCAUGCUCCGGAAUGCUGAGGGGCCUCAACCCACCCCACAGGGUCAAGUCCAUUUCCAUGACAACCUUCUCUCAACAAGAAGUAGAAUUUCUGCAAAACCAUGGCAACGAGGUUGGGAAGAGGACCUGGCUCUGUACGUUCAACCCAAAGACAGAUGGCUCCUUUGAUACACGUGAUUCACAGAAAUUUAAGGAAUUUCUUCAAGACAAGUAUGAGAGGAAGAAAUGGCAUUUUUCUAAGAGUAAGGGCAGAAAGGAUAUGGAGACAUCAUGGAAUGCUGGACCUCAGACUCAAGCUCAGACUCAGCCUCUGUCUUGUCACUCACUAAAUCCUGCAGCCCGGCCGACCCGCACAUUGUCACAGGCUCAGUUAUCAUCGUUUGAUAGAGUUCAAGCUGUGUCUCCAGCUGAUGUUCGUACAGAAGUGUUUACAGCUAGACCCCUUCGGUCUCAGAGCUUCAGAGACCCCACUUUUAAAGAUUCCUUGUUAAGUGGGAUGGAGAGACAGAGACCAGGGACAAUUUCUCCUGCAAUGGGACCACAGAGUCGCCUUCCCUCAUUUCCCGCCCUUCCACGUCCUUCAGCAAGUAGCACUUUCAAAAACAGCUUCACGCUAGGUCGCACGAUAUCCUCAGGAGCUGGAGCGCCAUUUAGGACCAUCCCUAAAUCUCUAAGUUUGGAUUUCGGUGGUCUUGGAUCUACCCAAGCAGCCCUUAGUCCUGCUGGUCCACCUUCUGUCUCUCAGGACAGGUAUGCUGCUGUGUCUCAGCUCGACAAGGUCUUCACGGACUUCUCACCCACCACAGCUGCACCCACGGCUCCCUCUGGUGGACCUCCACAAUACAGCACCCUGUUCGGCAACAGACUCUCUUCUAGUUCUACACCUGCAAGCUCUCCAGGUGUUCCAGAGCUCAGCUCUGCUCCUCAGACAUUUGCAAAUUUCCCAAACCCAUUCAGUUCUACAGCCAGUAACUCACAGCCUGCUCUGUCCCCUAGUAACCCGUUCAACAGCACGGCCACAGGUGACAGCAGUACUCUCGUAUCACCCUCUCCCUCAACUGCCUUUCCUCACUCAGCCACCUUUCCUGCUCUCACUUCCCAGAAUGCUUUUCCUCAUGAGCCAGCAAAUAACCAAGAGGCAAACGGGUACGCGUCUUUUUCUGCCCUGGACUCCACCUCUAAAGUCCAGCAACAGAUGUCUGUCAACCCAUUUACUGGGACGGUUUACCCAACCAGAGGAGCGUCACUGAACCCUUUCAUCUGAUCCCGACACCAAUAAAUAACGGAAAAAAGAAACCUUUAGGAGGAGUUAGGGUUUAUGUGAGAGGGAUAAAAGGCAGCUUCCAUGCUUUGAGGGGACUCAGAGAAGGGGGAAUAGAACUAAGUUGUCUGUUUCCCUGAGUGUAUGUAUUAAUAAGUGUUUUACUUUCAUUCGAGUCUGUUACUUGUAAGUAUGAGUGGAUGUGUAAGUAUUUGUCCCCAUUCCAUUCUACAAAGGGUUAUAUCCUCGUGUCUGUGUGCUGAUUUGUGUCCAUUUUGUGUACAUGUACCGUCUCCGAUUGUGUUCUUGCCAUGCAUUGGCUGUUUUUGAAGUCACCACUUAAGUGAUAAGAAAAGACACACAGCUGCUUUGAGCUCCAGCUUUUGCCUUCUUGAUGAAUCCUCUCUAGCCUUUAUCCUGCAUCCAACUGAGGCACAUUAAAGUAUCGAGUUGUUUAAGGAAAGAGGGCAGGCAGGCAGUGUAAGCUCUGAGUUUUCUAAUAUUCUAAUUAUAAACUUUGCAUUUUUACUGGAAGUGCUUCACUCUCCGAAUGCAUGUUGUUAGGAGAAACAGACUUUCUCGUGUGUCUCUGUCUGUAUGUUGGACCUCUUUGUAUUUAUUUUAACAUUACUGUUGUUUUUUAAAGCAUUUUAAUUCAUUUUAGGUGUGUUAUCAGCCUGCAUGCGCUUUAUGAGCGAGAACCUGCUGAAUGUAUUACAAUUUUGGUGAUUCCAAAAUGUUACCCAUGCUUAUAGACCAAAUAUUGUAAAGAUCUAUGUACAUUUUUUUGUUUUCCCACUGUUGUUUGUUUUAGAAUGUCUUUGUACAAAGCAAGUAGAAACUAUAACAUAAAAAGCUAUUCAUGUCUCUAUGUCUCAAUCUACAUCCAACUGUGUAUCUUCAAGAAAACCCAGCCUUAGUUUAAAUUUGCUGCUUUAGACUUUCAUGCAAUACUAUCUAUUUUUAAAAUGGCAUUUGCAUUUAUAUUUAUAAUCUGUGAAAAUAUUACAUCAUCAUUGCAUUAUGAAUGUAUGUGCUCUUCUUUAGGGCUAUAAAAUAAAAUAUUAAAAAGAAA